UGGACUGGACACACUUCAAAGGGGCAACAGGAGGCAGCAAGUCAGCCACCCUUACUACACGCAAAUUCUUCCUGCAAGACAAGUACUGACUAUCGACGUCGACAAUUUCCAGCUUACGCAUCAACACAUUCGUCCACUCGGCGCUACUCAAAGGCACCUUAGUACUGAAGUCUUUUAUGUUUCUCAAGUUACUACCAUGUCCCCCAACGUACCAGCUGAAGUUAUCGAUGUCGAUGCUCUCUCAGAUGAGGACGAAAUAGGUGACGCGAUUCUGUAUUUAGGGUCCAAGUCGAACGUGCAACACGCGAACGCCACGGGCCGAAGGACCAAGAAUGAACCAGUUGCUUCCUCGUCCCGCUUGCCUCCCAAUUUCGAAUCGAUAAACAACCAUACGUACACAUACACUCGUCCGGGGCUCUCAGAAACUGUUGAACAAGAAAGGAGGAGAAGGAUAGUCGUAAUGGAGCGUCAGGGAGAACCACCUUCGAAGAAGCGGGCAACAAGUUCCACCAUCGCAAUGACAAACAUGCCCAGUCGACAACAGGAAAAACGUAAGCAGCCGUCUGGGUGCAAGGAUAUCAUAGAUCUAUGUAGUAGUGACGACGAUAUCCAUGCAAAGAAAAGACUCAGAUCCGAAGAUAACAACCUAUAUGUCGACCGCGCGACCGGUGUCUACGCGAAUAACGAGAACGCUUUCCAAAUGGACUGCAGUGACGACAUAGCCGACAACCACAAACCGAAUGAUAUUCUCCCUCGCACAAAUGCACCAUCGUCCCUGUCCCAGCCCCCAUCAUCCGAAGACCAAUAUGACUCCGAAGAGGAGUACGCGAAUUAUAUAGCUUCUCUCAACAUCUCGAACGAAUCUAAUGUUAGUGUCUCUCCAGUCGAUACUCAUGUACUCAAUCUUCGUUUCCAGUGGAAACCAGUCCCUACAAGUAACAAGGCCGAAGAUCUUUCACCGAAUAUGGAACUCGAAGUUGAGCCGGCACGCCCACCACCUGGAGAUCUGCGUCCGCAGCGCCCAAAGUACCGUGCCGUACACUAUCCAGUUACUCCCUUGGAUCCAUCUUUGAAGGAGCAAUACUUUUGGGGACGACUGAAUUCAGUGCGAGGUUUCCGACCGCGCGCACUCAAACCACCCGCUCGACUUCGCAUCGCUAGUCGCUUACCGGGACGCACGCGCUCUCUCAAACUGUUUCAAGAUCUCGCAUACGAUAAUUUGGGUGCUGUGCAAUCGCACCGUCAGGCGGCGUCAGGGUCCUUAAAUAAGAUUGUUCAAGUUCCAGGAGCUAUUGUAGCGUGUGCGGCAGCAUCGGGUGGGCAUGCCGACUAUUCGCAAGAAGAUCGAGAAGCGCCCCUCCCAUCAGACAACAAUCCCGGGACAUUGGUAGUCCUUCACCAGGGCCGGUGUCACGUCGUCGAUGCUCAUUGCAUCGAUCAUGGAGCUUCUUCGAAGAAAUACUACACGAUAAACGACGUUUUAUUCAAUCCAUUGAACCCCGAACAAUUUCUCUCUACUGGGCAUGAUUUCCAAGUGCAACUUUGGCAGCUUCCCAAGGUUGACGACAUAGAAAUGAGUGAAUCCGGCGCCCCCUGGAUGACGAAUACCAUUACGCUCGGAGAUGUCGCCCAGGACUUGGUGCACUCGCCCGACGGUGCAAAUCUCGCCGUGUCUUGUCGAGACGGCACCGUUUCUGUUUUUAAGACGACAAACUUAUUUGCUUCACCAACAUGGCAUAGAACUACACCUUCACCUCUAGGGAUGAAGCUCUGCGUUGCCCCCGCUGGUGAAAAUCAUGCAGCGGAACCUCACGACUCCGACGGUGAGGGCAAGGACAAAGGUUUCCACCGUGCACAUGACAUAACACGAGGUCGAGAGUUAUUUCGCUUCAGUGCUAACGAGGCAGGUGACGCAGGCGCCGUCAGUCCAGAUGGGAGUACUUAUGUCUUAAUCACAUGUGGGGAGAACAACCAGCAUCCGAUAAGAUUGUACGAUGUUGCUCGCAAGUCGGGGGAUCCAGUCGCUCAAAUGACGCUCGAGCCAUCUGUCUCCAAGGUUCCUUCAUUUGAAGCCACAGCGACAUUUUCUUCCGAAGGUCGCCUCCUUGCUGUGGCACGGUCCGAUAAUGUCGUACACAUGUAUGACAUUCGCUCUUUGAGCAAAGGUCCGCUUGCCAUGUUUAAACACGGGGAGUUGGAUACAGUAUCCGCCGGGUAUGGGGUUGUUCAGGCAUGCUGGGUCGAGGGGCGCGAUCGGCGGCGAGUUGGUAUUGUGAGCGGAGGCAACGACGGGUGCGUGCGACUAUGGGAUCCGUUGAUUGCCUCGUCGGACAAGUCCCAAGGUAAAGUGCUGGCGCACACGGACUUUGAUGUCGCAUGCUUUUCCAUGGGUGACAUGUGGGCGGGAGAGAAACCGCUCGUUCUUGGCCAUUGCGGUGGGGGCCUUUAUGUUUAUGACCACUUGGAUAGUGACGGGCUACCGGGAUGUUCAAACAUCGAUAUUCAGUAGCAAAGCGGACUGAUCUGCGGUAUCACAUUGCACACAGGUCGUACAUAUAACAUUGGAUUUCAAUUUAGUGGGGACUGUUUAAUUUUGUUAUGGCACCAGUCGCCUAGGUAUCCACGGGAUGAGUCCAUCAUGACACCACGUUUGUGUUUAUGCAUUGAGUUGGUCCGUCAAAUCUU